AUGAGACUUCCAAUAGUUCAUGUCAGAAUCUUAAUAUUCGCUAUUAGUAUAGCAUGUUCGACUAUAGACACGUUUGCUUUUGUUAGUAUAUACGCGUAUCUUAAUUAUGGUUUCAGCACCAAAGAUGACUUGAAUGAUCUAAGAAUUAUCAUAUUUUCUUUGAUUAAUGAUGCUCUUUCCCUUUUAAUCGGUGGAUAUUAUCUUAUUAGACUUGAAUAUAUGUGGAAUAAUCCACCUAAAAUUGUUGAUUAUGCUGUUUGUGGUAUUGAAUUAGCUUUAUGGAUAAUUUAUGCUGGCUUACAAAGCAAAUUUCUCGACUUUGCUAAUGUGCUAUUAGCAAUAUCCUUUAUCUAUGGUAUUUUAAAUGUGAUUUUAUACUUCGUUCUUGGUAUAUUCUUAAUUGAAUUUAAACUAAGAUUACGUAAAUUUGGAGUGGAUAAGCUUACUCCUUUAGGUCGCACGAACAAUAAUUCUGGAGUUGAAACGAAUAAUUCUGUAAUUGAGGUUCGGGAACAUAACUAG